CGACCACUCACAUUCCGUCUCUCCCCUGUCAACGCUAGCCAUCCUGCUAGCUAGUCCGUACAGUCAGGAAGAAGUCUGAUUAUUAGCUAUACUGGGGGGGGCUGCAAAAAAAAACAUACAUCUCAGUGCAAUAAUGGCGGCGGGUAGCGUCAACCCGUUUAACCUCAGCGACUCAGAGGAAGAGGCUGAACGGCGACCCAAUGUAACCACGGACACACAGAGGAGCCCGAACGGAGGUGCAAGCUCGGGGCCUCCAGGCAACCCAUUUGCUGCACCUGUAGACACCGAGCCGCCGACCCUGCUGCUGUCUAGCAACAGAACCAGCCCAAGCGCCGAGGGGCUCUCCGUAUCGGCCGCAGCCACCGCCGCGAUGACAGGCGGCACCGGGGACACACGGGUGUCCAUUGAUGCCAUAGCCGCACAGCUUUUACGGGACCAAUACAUCCUGACAGCCCUGGAGCUCCACACUGAAAUGUUAGAAGCCGGAAGAGAGCUCCCGAGGCUCAGGGAUUAUUUUUCCAACCCUGGCAACUUCGAGCGACAGAGCGGCACUCCACCCGCCUCCAAAGACCAGGGAUUGGGACCCGGUGGACCCCUGAAUCGGGCGGGCAGCAUCAGCACGUUGGACUCUUUGGACUUCGCUCGCUACUCGGACGACGGGAAUCGCGAGACGGACGAACGGGUGACGGUGCUGGAGUUUGAGCUACGGAAAGCAAAGGAGACCAUUCAGGCCCUGCGCGCCAACUUGACUCAGGCAGCAGAAAGUGAACUGACCUCCCAGGAAAGGAAAAAACACAAGUCUAGUGUUGAGUUCCAGGACCCAAUCCGACAGCUGGAGAAACGAGCCUUAAACUUCCUUGUCAAUGAGUAUUUGUUAAGGAACGAAUACAAACUCGCUGCCAUCACCUUCUCUGAUGAAAACGAUGACCAGGACUUUGAGCUGUGGGACGACGUGGGUCUCAACAUCCCCAAGCCCCCUGACCUGCUGCAGCUCUACAGGAACGGAGGCUCCGUGGCCUCGUCGCCCCGGGAGACGGUGGACGUGGCCGUGAGCAUGGAGCUGGGCGAUCUGCCAGGGAACUACACCUCCCAGGAGCAGUCAAAGAAGCCCGACCUCUUGCAGCAGCAGCAGACGGAGCUGGUGCAGGAGCUGGAGUACCAGAUCGGCCUCCUCAACACUGAGAAGGAGAGCCUGGCUGAGCAGAUCAGGAAAAUGCACAGUGAGAUUCAGACCCUGAAGAGGUGCGCUUCGUCCCCGCCGUUGGCCCCCCUAGACCUGGGCGGCUGCCCGACGUCUGGCCCUUCCUCCACCGACUCAUCGGAUCUGCCGUCCACGCGGCCGCUGGAUAACGGCCAGUACCUGGACAUCCGGGCUGGGUCAACGGCUGAGGACAGUGCGGACCCUCCCAUGACCCAGAGUUCCCCACAGCCCCAGACGCAGUCUCACGGCAAGCUUAAAAGCAGAGGCCCUGUCCAUUUUGACCAGCCCAAUCGGAAACUGUCUCCGGCCUUCCAGCAGGCACUGCUGUCCUUCUGCAGAAUGUCCUCCGACAGCCGCCUCGGAGCGGAGGUGUCCCGCAUCGCCGACAGCGAGGAGAGUGUGAUGCUCAUGCUGGGUCGCUGCCUCCCCCACAUCGUCCCCAACGUGCUCCUGGCCAAGAGAGAGAGAAUGGUCGCGCACCUGUGCCAGGAGCUCAUCCCCCUCAUCCUGUGCACGGCCUGCCUCCACCCUGAGGCCAGGGAGCGAGACCAGCUCCUCCACAUCCUCUUCAACCUCAUCAAGAGACCCGACGACGAGCAGAGACAGAUGAUCCUGACGGGAUGCGUGGCGUUUGCCCGGCACGUGGGCCCCACGCGCGUGGAAGCCGAGCUCCUGCCCCAGUGUUGGGAACAGAUCAACCACAAGUACCCAGAGAGGAGGCUGCUGGUGGCAGAGUCUUGUGGGGCCUUAGCACCGUACUUGCCUAAAGAGAUCCGCAGCUCCCUGGUGCUGUCCAUGCUGCAGCAGAUGCUGGCGGAGGACAAGGCGGACAUGGUGCGGGAGGCGGUGGUCAAGAGCCUGGGCAUCAUCAUGGCCUACAUCGACGACCCCGACAAGUACUCCCAGGGCCUGGAGCUCAUGCUGCUGUCCCUGGCCGACCCCUCUGAGCGGGUGGUGAGUGCCACCCACCAGGUCUUCAUCCCCGCCUUCGCCGCCUGGACCACCGAGCUGGGCAUCCUGCACACCACGCUCAUCCCCUCCCUGCUCACGCGCAUCGAGAAGCUGCUGCUGGUUGGUGGCGAGCACGGCCUGGACGAACACAAGCUGCACAUGUACCUGUCUGCCCUGCAGUCGCUGAUCCCGCCGCUGUUUGCGGUGGUUCUGCAGAACGCGCCGUUCACCAGCAGAGCCAAGCUGCACGGAGACGUCCCCGCCAUAGAGGUGACGCGGUUCCCCCGGCCGGUCCCCCUCCAGGACGUGGCCACCAUCGUGGGCAGCCGGGAGACGGUCAGCGUGCUGCUGUCCCUCUACGACCACCAGCUGGAGCACGAGGGCACCACGGGCUGGGACAGCCUGCUCUGGGUGGUCAACCAGCUUCUUCCCCAGCUCAUCGAGAUCGUGGGGCGCAUCAAUGUGACCUCAUCCACCUGCGUCCACGAGUUCUCCCGCUUCUUCUGGCGCUUGUGUCGGACUUUCGGGAAGAUCUUCACAAACACUAAGGUUAAACCACAGUUUCAAGAGAUCCUCAGGCUUUCUGAAGAGAAUGUUGACGCUUCGACAGGAAACGGGAUUCUGACCAAGGCCACCGUCCCCAUCUACGCCACGGGAGUACUCACGUGUUACAACCAGGAGGAGGACCGCAAGCUCCUGGUGGGCUUCCUGGAGGACGUCAUGACCACCCUGUCCCUGUCCCAUGCCCCGCUGGACAGCCUCAAGGCCUCCUUCGUAGAGCUGGGGGCUAACCCUGCGUACCAUGAGCUGCUGCUGACCGUUCUCUGGUACGGGGUCGUCCACACCUCGGCCCUGGUCCGGUGUACUGCCGCGCGCAUGUUUGAGCUGCUGGUGAAGGGGGUGAAUGAGACGCUGGUUGCUCAGAGAGUGGUGCCGGCUCUCAUCACUCUGUCCUCCGACCCGGAAAUCUCUGUCCGAAUUUCCACCAUCCCUGCCUUCGGAACCAUCAUGGAGACGGUCACGCAGAAAGAGCUGCUGGAGCGCGUGAAGAUGCAGCUGGAGUCCUUCCUGGAGGACCCCCAGUAUCAGGACCAGCACUCCCUCCACAUGGAGAUCAUCCGGACCUUCGGCCGCGUGGGCCCCAACGCAGAGCCGCGGUUCAGAGAUGAGUUCGUGCUACCCCACCUGAACAAGCUAGCGCUGGGUAACAACAGCCAGACGGUGGAGGCCAAGAGGAUAGACAUCGCCACCCAGCUGUUUGAGGCCUACAGCGCCCUUUCCUGCUGCUUCAUCUCGGAGGAGGUGAUGGUGAACCACUUCCUGCCCGGCUUGCGGUGUCUCCGGGCAGACAUGGAGCAGCUCUCUGCUGAGCACGAGGUCAUCUUGAGCUCCAUGAUCAGGGAGUGCGAGAUCAAGAUUGAGAACCGGAGCAUCGGAGACGCACAAGGCUCGCUGUCCAUCGCGUCCAGCCUCGUGGGCGAGGACGCCAAGACCAAGUUCCUGAGCAAGAUGGGUCAGCUGACCACCUCCGGCGCCAUGCUGGCCAAUGUCUUCCAGAGGAAGAAGUGAUCCUGUGACCACGCAUACACAGACAAAGACACACACACACACACACAGGCACAGGCACACACAUACACACGCACACACGUACCCAUACACAUACACACACACACCAGUCCAACGAUAAACACCCAACUCGAAAACAAAUUCUACAUUGGUUCAACUUCCCGAUAAGAAAACAGGCAAAGCAAGACAACCGUGUGUGUGUGUGUGUGUGUGUGUGUGUGUGUGUGCGUGUGUGCGUGCAUGUGUGUGUUUAUGUUUAUGCACCGAGAGACAUUUUGAGUUUCACCUGAAUGACAUUGACAUUUGAGCCGGUCCUCUCCAGCGGUGGUUACCUUGACGGGGAUUCCGCGUUGAACCUGAUUACGUGAGGGUGUUUUCUUUGGGCCGACACUAUCUCCUCCGCUCCACUUCUCUAGCGGAAUCCCCAAACAUUUGGACGAGAGAGAGAGAGAGAGAGAGAGUGAGAGUGACGGGUUAUGCCCACGGUUAAGUGAAGUGAAACUGUGCGUGGGGGAGGCGGGGGAGGCGGUGGCAGUGCGGGGGAGGGAGUGUUCACAGUGUUGAGCGUCGCCCACGGUGACGACAACAAGGGGGCUGGUAUUCCCAGGCGCUUCACACACCGAACGAAAUCAAACCCCAUUUGAAUAAGAUUCGUCAACGCAUGCAUCAGCUCUGGAUUUCCGGUCUGGUCCCUCGUCUUCAGCGCAGGGAAACAGGACUAUUUGGUUAAUGAUACUGGAUUAGAAAAUAAACAACAACCCGGAACUCCUUUAAUUUGCAAUGUCUAAUGGGGCGCCAUUUUGGAUCGGAGUGUUCCUGCUGAACCACGCCCACGUUCAUUCCUAUUGGAUGUGGGUCGGGAGUGGGGAGUUGUGUUGGAACAAUUUCAGCCUGAAAACAGCAGAUCCUCUACAAGGGGUAUUGCUACUUGAAGUAAAAAAAAUUAUAUAUAUAUAUAUAUAUAUAUAUAUACAUAUAUGCUGUCUUGCCUUUAAGUCGAUCUCUGGUCUUUUGGUUUGAGUUUCUAUUUUAUAACUUAUUUAUGUCUUAAUAAAUGAAGAAAAAAAAGAAACGUAUACUUUAUUCCAAUCUCCAAAGAAAUUUGCACUUGUUUGGUUUUAAUGAUUCCUUUUGUUUUGGCUUUAUGUCGGGAGUCGUAUACAUAAGCAGUGAAUGCACCACCCAUCCUAUACUCAUCGUAUUUUGACAAUGUGGGUGCGAUGCAUUGCGAACACUAAUCAGAUUUUCUUUUUUGUUCUUUUUUUUUUUUGCCUCUUGAAUGUCUUGCUGUGUCUCUGAAGAUCGAUUUUUGUUGGUUUAUUUAAUUUUUUUAAUUGAUCAAAUCUCAGUUCUUUGUUUUUGUUUUUUUGGAUAUGCUCUUAAGACAAAACCGUAAAUAACUGUAUCAUACACUGAAUUUCCAAGGAUGCUCUCGAUAUUACUGUACAUUAGAAAUUUGGUGUCAUGGCUUAAUAAAUGAUGGCGAUCCGUUGUGUACUUAA